AUGGAGCCCUUCCCAUUCAUGGCUGUGGUUUCCCCUGACGCUGCAGGAGGUACUGAAGUAUACAAGCUGCUUGCUGUGGAUGCAGAUGAAGGGAUCCAUGGAACUGUAGAAUAUUUUCUCUUGGAAGGUGGUGAAGACAGGUUUGAAGUUGAGAAGGACACUGGCUGGAUUAAAACAACAGGCUUGCCAUUGGUGAGGGACAAGGAGUAUUUCCUGACUGUACUAGCAGCAGAUAAACUUGGAAGCAGAGGGUCUCCAGCCUCUGUUUCUGUAAUUGCUGGAUUUCGACCACCACAGUUCACGAAUGUAUCGUAUUUUGUUUAUGUUCCUGAAAGUAUGCCACAAGGAAAAUCCUUUCUUACAGUCACUGCUGUAUCAUAUCAAAAGAAAUCCCUGAGCUACAGUUUGCUAACUAAUCCUAGUGGUCUGUUCAGUAUUGAUCGGGCAACGGGAGAUAUUAGUUUAACUCGGAGUGUGGAUUAUGAGAGUGACCCACACCAAUAUCUUCUUUUGGUCAGAGCAGAGGAAAAUGAGGAACAGUUCAGUAGUACAGCUGAGGUUUUGGUUGUAAUCACAGAUGUGAAUGAUUGUGCCCCUGAAUUUCAUCAGUCGAUUUACAGCAAAGCUGGCGUUCCUGAAACAGUUACUACAACAACUGCUCUUCUACAAGUGACAGCCACUGACUGCGAUUCAAAAGAGAAUGCCGAAUUACUGUAUUACACUUUGAGUCAAGACUUCAGUAUUACUUCUCAUGGUGCUAUUUUUCCAGCAACACGGUUGGACUAUGAGCGACCUGACCAUCUUUAUGAGUUCAUAAUUAUGGCUGUAGAUAAAGGGGAAGAGCCGAAAACGGGGACAGCAACUGUUAGGAUCCAUGUUUCAAAUGUGAAUGAUGAAGCACCUGAGUUUUCCCAGCCAAUCUACAGGAGUUUUGUGUCUGAAGAUGCAGGCCCAAACACACUGAUUGCUACAGUUAAUGCUGUUGACCCUGAUGGAGAUGGUGUGACAUAUGAUAUUGUAUCUGGGAAUCAAGAAGGAAACUUUGUCAUUGACCCAAAGAAAGGGCUAGUUAGACUUCGUUCAAGUCCAUUUCCUAAGCUGCAGGGGACAGAAUAUAUACUUGAUGUCACAGCUACUGAUGAUAAUGCCUCUGGAGGGCCCCAUUCUCUUACAAGUACUGCUCAGGUUGUUGUGAAAAUUGAUGAUGUCAACAAUAACAAACCUGUCUUUCAGAAGUGUCAGUAUUAUCGGGAACAUGCUUCUGUGUUGGAAAACCAGCCUUCAGGGACAGUUGUACUGCAGGUUGAAGCCACUGAUGCUGAUGAAGGAGCCAAUGGUAUGGUGAAAUAUGGCUUGAUGCACAGAGAUGGUGUCCUGCCAGCAUUUAGUAUUCAUCCUGACACAGGAGUUCUGACAACUGUUCAGGUAUUUGAUCGAGAAAAACAGAGGGAAUAUCCUAUCACUGUGACAGCAACAGAUCAGGCAGCGGAACCACUCAUUGGAAUAUGUCAGAUAAAUAUUAUCAUCCUGGACCAAAAUGACAAUGAUCCCAGAUUUGAAAACACGCACUAUGAAUAUUUCCUGAGAGAGGACACAAGAGUUGGGACCAGCUUUCUUCGUGUUGCAGCCCAUGAUGAUGACUACAGCUCAAAUGCUGCCAUUACAUACCUGAUGGCAAACGAAGAACCAAAUUAUUUACAAAUUAAUCCUACUACAGGCUGGGUGUUUGUGAACCAGCCCAUAUCUCAGGUGUCAUCUAUAAUUCGAGAGAUUAUUGCUACAGAUGGAGGUAAUAGGAGCAGUAAAGUUGAACUUGUGGUAACUGUUACCAGUGCAAAAAACCAGCCUCCACAGUGGGAAAGAGACAGCUAUGAAGUUGUUAUUCCAGAGAAUACUACACGAGAUGCGUCAGUUUUGACAAUCAAAGCAACUUCUCCCCUUGGUGAUCCCCGUGUGACUUACAACCUAGAAGAGGGACUUGUUCCGGAGACCAACAUGCCAGUUCGUUUCUACCUGACUCCAAACAGACAUGAUGGUUCUGCUUCAAUCCUCGUAGCUGAGCCACUAGAUUAUGAAACAACAAAGAGCUUUCUGCUGAGGGUUCGAGCCCAGAACGUUGCUGCAGUUCCUCUGGCAGCAUUUGCUACAGUCUAUAUUAAUGUAACAGAUGUCAAUGACAAUGUCCCAUUCUUCACUUCAUCUAUUUAUGAAGCCUCGGUAAUAGAGGGAGCUGAUGUUGGGACAUUUGUCGUUCAAGUGUCUGCCACCGACCUUGACCUUGGUGAGAAUGGUGAGAUAACUUACUCCCUGUUGCACGACAGUGGCAGAGACUACACGUAUUUCCGCUUGGACUCACAGACAGGCUCAAUAUACACUGCCUCAGUGUUUGAUAGAGAGAAGAAGGGGUCCUAUCUUCUAGAAGUCAAGUCAGUAGAUGGCUCUGAAUCAGCUCGACCAGGAAAACAUGGGAAGCCAAACUCUGACACAGCCUACGUGCGCAUUUUUAUCAGUGAUGUGAAUGAUAACAAGCCUGUCUUCACUCAGAGUGUCUAUGAAGUAGAUGUGGAUGAAGACCAGGAUGUUGGCUCAACUAUCAUUACAGUCAGUGCUAAUGAUGAAGAUGAAGGAACAAAUGCUAAAUUACGGUAUCAGAUCACAGCUGGAAACACAGGAGGAGUACUUGAUGUAGAACCAGAAACAGGAGCCAUUUUUAUUACCCAACCACUGGAUUAUGAAGAAACAAAAAUGUAUGAGAUUCACUUGUUGGCCUCUGAUGGGAAAUGGGAAGAUUAUGCAGUUAUCAUCAUCAAUGUCAUGAAUAAAAAUGAUGAGACUCCAGUUUUCUCUAUCAAUGAAUACUAUGGAAGUAUAAUUGAGGAACUGGAUGGGUUACCAGUCUUUGUACUUCAGGUUAUGGCGAAUGAUCCUGAUAGUAAUGUGGAUGAAGGAGAUUUGAGAUACUCAUUGCACGGGCAUGGUGCAGCUGAUAUUUUCACAAUAGAUGAGAAAACGGGCAGCAUUUACUCACACAAGGUGCUGGAUCGGGAAGAGAGAGCGCUGUGGAGAUUUGUUGUAUUGGCUACUGAUGAAGGUGGAGAAGGACUUACAGGAUUUGCUGAUGUAAUCAUUAACGUGUGGGAUAUAAAUGACAACGCACCCAUUUUCACGUGCAUGCCUGAUAAUUGCAAUGGGAGUGUCUUUGAAAAUUCUCCUGCAGACACAUUAGUCAUGGAAAUGGGUGCAGUUGAUCGUGAUGAUCCAAAUGUAGGUCUUAAUGCUGUCCUGACUUACAGGAUAACAGAAAAUGUAAAAAACGAGUUUGGUACUGACAUGUUUCAUAUCAAUCCCAGUACUGGUACAAUCCACGUAGCGGGGGGAAUGCUAGACAGAGAAAGGACUGACAAUUACUUUCUUACUGUUGAAGCAAGAGAUGGGGGAGGACUAACAGGAACUGGCACUGCCACUAUCUGGAUUGCAGACGUCAAUGAUCAUGUACCUAAAUUCACAAAAGAGAUGUGGCAGGCGACGAUUCCUGAAAACAGUCCCGUCAACUCAGAAGUUCUGCAAGUGUGUGCUACAGACGCAGAUGUUGGGGACAAUGCUGACUUAAUAUUCAGUAUCAUCGGGGGAGACCCAGAUCAGAAGUUUUAUAUUGAGAACGACAAAGAAUGGCAAUGUGCCACUAUUCGACUGAAAAAAAAAUUGGAUUUUGAGAAUGCACGUGAAAGGCAGUUUAAUGUUACUAUUACAGUGGAAGAUCUUGAUUUUUCUAGUAUUGCUGUGUGCCUGAUUGAAGUUGAAGACUCUAAUGACCACAGCCCAGUUUUCCUUUCUCAGUUUAUUCCAACAAGCCCUUUCUUUGAAAACAUGCCUGUAGGUACUACAGUAACCACAGUGAGAGCUACAGACAAGGAUUCUGGUUUGAAUGGGAACAUUAUAUAUUCUAUAAAGUCAGAUUCGGAUCCUAUGAGACAGUUUGCGGUUGACCAGUAUGGUCACGUGAUUGUGGCAAACAAGCUAGAUCGUGAAGUCAUUCAAAAAUACAGUUUAGUUGUACAAGCUUCAGAUCAAGGGACACCUGCUGGCACUGGAAGUGUUACAGUUUUGAUUGACUUGCUUGAUGUAAAUGACAAUGGACCAAGGUUUGAGGCACCAUACAUGCCUGUAGUUUGGGAAAAUAUACUGGGGCCUGAAAUAGUAUAUAUGAACCAGACAUCAAAACUGCUUCAUGCAUUUGAUCCGGACAGUGAGGAAAAUGGGCCACCCUUUACAUUUUCAUUGCCACCAGAUUAUCAGAAUUCUUUGGAUUUUUCUCUUACUGACAACAGAAAUAACACAGCAACUGUAACUGCUUUGAGGUCCUUUGACAGAGAAGAGCAGAAGGUGUUUCAUCUGCCAGUAGUUAUAACUGAUAGUGGGAUUCCAGCUAUGAGCUCUACAAACACCCUAACUAUAACAAUUGGUGAUGAAAACGACAACUGCCAUGAACCUGGCCAUAAGGAGGUUUAUGUGUACAGUUACAAAGGAAAAUGGUCAACAAUAGUGCUUGGGGAAGUGUUUGCACCAGAUCAAGAUGACUGGGACAAUAAAACAUUUCUCUCUGAAGGAAAACUGCUCAAGACUUUCAGAUUAAAUCAGAGGACUGGUUCUUUGAUGAUGGUAGAUAACACACCUCAAGGAAUAUACAACUUAAAAGUUAGAGUUUCUGAUGGAGUUUGUCCUGAUGUUAUAUCUACGGUACAAGUCCAUGUCAAAGAGCUGGAAAAUGAAGCCAUACAAAACUCAGCCACUGUGCGUCUAUCAGAUGUCACAGCAGAGGAGUUCAUAAGGAGAGAUGAACACGGCAAAACAAGACAUGGCAAGUUCAAGGAAUUACUAGCAAAAAUGUUACCUGCUAAGCUUAGUGAUAUCAUUGUCUUCAGUGUGAUGAACACCCAUGGAAAACAGACAGAUGUAAGAUUUGCAGUCCAUGAUGGCUCGGCAUAUUACAGACCUGAGAAGCUGCAUGCUGAGAUGGCAGCAUUUAAAAAUGAGAUCCAGUCAGCUUUACAACUGAACAUUUCGCAGAUCGAUGUAGAUGAAUGUAGGAGCGCAAACUGUACUGAGGGCAGCGGUUGUACAAACCACCUCGCCGUGAGUGACAUCCCAACAGUGAUGGAUACCGGAAGCGUGUCAUUUGUCUCGGUGACAACCACCGUCAGUGCAGUCUGCACCUGUGCAGCGAGGGACCGAGUUCAUCAGUCUUGUUCUUCUUACCCUCGAAGCCCGUGUCUCAAUGGUGGGAUGUGUAUUGACACUUUGAAUGGUUACAGAUGUCUUUGUCCUGCUUCAUUUCAUGGACCAGACUGCCAGCAGACUAAGCACAGUUUCCAUGGAAAUGGUUAUGCAUGGUUUCGUCCCAUCAGGCCUUGUUUUGAAAGCUCACUCUCCCUGGAGUUUAUUACUGUGGUUCCAGAUGGUCUUCUACUAUAUAGUGGUCCUUUAUCACAUCCAGAACCUGGGAGUACAGAAAACUUCAUUGCAAUAGAACUCUCCAGGGGUAUUCCUGUGCUGAAGAUGAGCCAUGGCUCAGGUUUUGUGAUGCUGCAGUUUCCAAGUCACCUGAACGUGGCAGACAAGAAAUGGCAUCAACUAGAAGUCAGAACCAAUGGUCAGGAUGUUCGGUUCAUUUUGGAUCACUGCAGUGCAGCUGUUGUUUCAGAGAUAGAAGGAGUAGGCAAAUGGCUGUCCACUGAAGAUCGUACAAAUUGUGAAGUCUUUGGGUCUGUUCCACAAAGAGCAAGGUAUUUGAAUGUGAACCAUGUUCUACAGCUGGGUGGUGUAAAAGAAUCAUUACCAUAUUCCUACCCACAAUUGCUACACAAACACUUUUCUGGCUGUUUGCGGAAUUUCAUCGUGGAUACUCAGGUGUAUGACCUUCAGUCUCCUGCAGAGUCCCUGAAUAGCUUCCCUGGCUGCACACUUACGGAUGGGAGCUGUGAGACCAUGGGGUCUUCUUCCUGCGGUAUUCAUGGGAGGUGUCUUGGAGACUGGGGCUCGUUUGCUUGUCAUUGUUUGCCGGGUUACUCUGGCUAUCGGUGUGAUCAAGUUGCCAAAGAGUACACAUUUGGGCCAGGAAGUCACAUUCGCUAUCAGCUUCCCAUCAGUGUGCCUGCCCGUAGGACGCUGUUUGAAGCCAUGAUUAGGACACGGCAGCCUGACAGUGUCAUCACAAGCAUGUUAUCUCGAAAUAAGGAUGAACACAUCACCCUGCAGGUCGUUCAGGGAUUCUUAGUGGUCUCGUAUAAUCUGGGUGAUGGAGACUAUUCUGUAAGCCUUCCCUCCUACCACAUUGAUAAUGGGUGUAUGAAGGAUGUCAGAUUUAAUAACUACAGGAUCCCUCUGGGUACUCACGUGAAGGAGCUGGUGUCAGUACUAAGUGCCCAAGGCGUCAAAGAAGGCUGUUCUUCAGAGGCUUGUAGGAAUAACCCUUGUAACCAGGAAUUUAUUUGUAUUGAUUUGUGGAUGCUGCACGAAUGCAGUUGCCCUCCGGGACACAUGGUCAUGGAGAAUGCCACUGGUAGACAGUGUGUCUACACUGCAUGUGCUAAAAGGCCCUGUAACUAUGGUACCUGCAUCCCGCGGUCACCAGCCGAGUUCCAAUGCCACUGCCCUGAUGGCUAUACUGGACGUAACUGUGAAAUCACACUGGCGAUCUUUCACAAGGAUACAGGCCUGAGCUUUAGUUCCAUGUUUGCCAUCUGCAUUUGCUUUUUGGCGCUGUUAGCUCUGUUCAGUGCCGCGUUCCUGUGGGCUCGCUGGAAGACUCGCAAAGGUCUGAACGGAGGAGUCUACCACGUGUCUGCGCAUCAUGAGGAUUUGGAGGACAUCAGAGAAAAUAUCCUAAACUACAAUGAAGAAGGAGGUGGGGAGCAAGACGAAGACGCGUACAACAUGGCAGAACUGCAGGUGUCUAUUCAAACCAGCCCAGCCUAUUCCCUCUGCAAGAAAGAAAAGCCACUGAAACUGAGCAGUUUCUUUAGUGACACGUCCCCAAGUGUGCAGGAGCAGACCAAGGCGCCAGCGACGACAGAAGCCUCUUUUACCAGCGCAGACUUCGGUCAGUACUUGUCCGAUGUUGUCAGAGGUGCUGACCGUCAUCCCCAGGCUGUAGCCCAAGACUCGCUGCGGGUGUUCUGCACCGAAGGAGAAGGCUCGGUCGCCAGCAGUCUGAGCACCCUGAGCUCCUCUGGGCUGGAUGAGGGGAUAGUGUAUGAUGACAUCAAAGAGUGGGGACCAAAGUUUGAGAAACUAAGUGAACUGUACUCACACAUAGAUGCAGAAGACCUGUAG